UGCGCUUCCGUAGUUAGCUACUGUCACAUGAAUGUUUUGUUGCGAAAGCUCAGCUUGACAGUUUCAUGUCAAAUUUCACGGGUCUUGGUUUGCCAGCUGGAUCUCAAGUGGCAGAUUUCCCUACUAAAUAACAACGAGAUAUCCCCGACAGCUAUUUUAAAGGCGUCAAGACGACCGUGAUCUGGGAACGUCUCACGCCAAAUGAUUGUUAAGAAUCUCCUGCAUAGCCAUUAGCCAGUCAUGCUGCGAUGGAUACUCGGUGGUCGGGAAGCACAGGGGUCUGUCGAGAAAAACCCUGUGCUAUUCAUUGGGGAGGAACAGCCGAAAAACUGGUUCACUGAACUGCAGGUGCUAAAAGGACAUUUUGACAUUGUUCGAUUUCUGGUGCAGAUUGAUGACUUCAGGUUUGCUUCUGCAGGAGACGAUGGUCUGGUGUUGGUGUGGAACGUUGAGACAGGAGAGAGGCUGCUGGAACUAAGGGGUCACUCCCAGCAGAUAACAGCCAUGACAGCCUACACACACACGAGUGGAGAGAACGCACACACCUCCCUCAUCACAGCUUCCUCGGACCGCACCCUCAGUCUGUGGGACCCAGAGACAGGCAACAGGGUUCAGACAGUCUCAGACCUCCAGUCCUCUGUCAAGUGUCUGCUGGUGUUGGAGCGGUUAUGUGUCUGGGUGUCGGGAGGAAAUGAGUUGUGUGUGUGGAACAGAGACUUCCAGCUGCAGUGUCAGAGCCAGCACCAUGACGACACAGGAAUCAGUGCCAUGGUGGAGUUGCCUAAGAACUGUAUAGCAGCAGCUAUGGACAAAGAUAUAGUGAUUUUCAGGCUGACCAUGUCCACUGGGUCCCGGUUGUCUGUGGCAGAGGUCAGACGUCUAUCUGACCACCAGGACAGCAUCCACGCUCUCAUCAACAUCAAUGAUGGCCUAUUUGCCAGUGGGUCCCAUGUUGGCGAGCUGAUCCUGUGGGACGCUGUUGAUUGGACGAUUAUGGCCUAUGAGCACAUCCUGUGGGAGGAGUCUCAGACCGACACCCAGGCUGAGAUCCGAUUGGCCGCUCCGAAACCCAGUGAGAUGUCCAUCCAACAGCUGACAUCCGAUGGAGAGCUGAUGGUGGCUGCAGUGGGCAGUGGUCUGUAUGUGUACAGUGUCAUCACUAAGAGUGUUGUGGCCUACAGGAAGACAGCCCACGACUCCAACGUACUACACACCAUGCUGCUGCCUGAUGGGGGGCUGAUGUCGUGCUCCGAGGAUGGCAGUGUGAGGAUUUGGGAGAUGCAGGACCUCCUGUUACCUGCAGAACCAGCCUCUGCAGGGUUCUUUGGGAUGUGGACUUUCGGCAGGUCCAAUAAGCAGGCGGGGCCUCCUGUGAAGAAGGUUCUUGAACUCCCCAGUCUCAGAACAUUGGAACUGACGGGCGACCUGAUUGGACACUCAGGGGCCGUGCAGAUGUUUGUGAGUUUUGGGGAGAAGGGUCUGGUAACAUGUUCUACAGACCACCUGCUGAUUGCAUGGAAGAACAGAGAGAGAGAGUCUCACCUCCGCAGUCUCGCCCUCUUCAGGAAACUGGAGGAGAACGGGGGACUCUGACCCCCACCUGUCAGUCACUAACACCUUUAUUUAUGAUUUUACAAAACACUUUCUACUGGAAGUUAAGGUUUUAAAGAGGGGUGGAAUGUAUUUGUUCCUAGGUGUUGUUAUUUCACUGUCCUGAGGUUCAUGGAUGUGUACAAUGUGAUGGAUAUUUCUUUACCAUGUUUGUUGGUUUAGUGAUUUUACAACGUGUGAAAUUCUGUGUGUUUCAAGUCUUCAAUUUUAAUCUGAUGUUCUUAUAUAUGCCUGUCUUCAAGUUGGUUACACAUUUAAUUGCCAAAUGUCUGUAUGGUUAUUUGAACUAUUUUUACCCCACACUUGCUUGUUUUUUAAAGCCUAAAAAUAAUGUCACAAAUUAAAGAUACAACUGGUCACAAACA